AUUUUGUUUUCAUUCAUAUAUUUCACCACCAGCAGUAAAUACUGCAUGAGUAGAGGAAAAAAGGAAAAAACUCGAAGCAAAUUGCUUAUUUGCGCUACGACGAACAACGUUGUGACAGUCAGCUAUCAAAAAAACGGAAGCACAAUAAAUGAUCAGAUUCAGAUCAAUAAUAUCGGCAGAUUUGUCAAUCAGUGUUACGGUGCAAUGUCAUUGAACCUCUUUGCGAAGUUGUCUAAUCUAAUCUGGCCGUACUUUAUUUAGAGAGCAUAAAGGUGCAUUGAGAAGAGGUAGAGUAAAAUAACAUCGGUGAACCUAAAGUUGGCUGGCUGCUUCGAAACCAGUUCUCAGCUAAAGAAAGAUAUAUCGCCAACGCAAUAAUGUCAUCGGAGUCCGAAGAGCAGGAUUUCGACGGAACGUUGAAUAUUCUGCAAAUGUUGACUGCUCUUUCACCGGAGGUAGCGCCUCUUCCUGUUUCGAAUGUAAACCCUUUCCAAAUCAAAUCAUCUGCUAUGGAAAAUCUCAGCAAGAGUGAAGCUGCCGUAAAACAGAUAUUUGGCGCUCGGUGUGAAUGCGGCGCGGAAAGAAUAUUCACUGCCCCGAAUCAGUCCAACAGUCCUUCCGGUAAAGGAUUUCCGAUUGGAGGUAAACAUGGCAGUCUCGAGCACGGUAUCAUCAAUCCAACUCCCUUUAAGCACAAGGUUAAGGUAGAGAAAAAAGGAAUCGUUCGUGAGUCGAUGCUUAAGAACAUUGGCAAAUGUGUUCACCAGAAUAUUGUGAAGCAAAGUAGUAUUGCAAAGGAAAUCCAGCAACAUCAUCUUUCAUCUACUAUUUCCGCAGUUAGCACGUUGAAACCUUCACUUUCGGAAAAUAAUCUCACCAAAUGCUUCAAUAAUGACUCCAGCAAUGAUAUUUUGGACUUCAGGUUACUGGUUGAUCAAUGUAGCGAGCUAACGAUAUCUUCUCCCGCUGGUGGUAAAACACAAGACAGUCCAAAUUUCUCGCAGACUAGUUUCAGGUCAUUGCGUCAGCCAGAUUUCUCCGUUUUUCAAAACAAUCGAACAGUCCUUUCCCGUCGAAAUCGUCGGGCACGACAACUCAAACGAUCCAAUAGUACCUCUUCACUCGAAUCGGAUAGUAGCAGCAACAGUAGCGCACCGUUCAGUGGAUCCAUCGGUGCUGGCUUUUCCGGUAUAAUUGGUCCAGCGACUUCUAGUGGUAGCCAACAGGGCCAAUCAUCUAAUCAACAACAGCAAUCUCACUCUCAGUCAUCUUCCCCAUCAUCAUCGUCAUCCGCUUCCUGUUCGACCCAGGCCAGACUGAACAGUACGAUGCCCUGCGAUAUCACCAUUGACGAAAUGGCCAGUUAUUUCGAAACGUUGGUACAUAUACCUAAGAAAAUGUCUAGCAUGGCAGAAAUGAUGUAUAUUUAAAAAUCUGCUGCUCGAUGUUACUCUAGUGAAGGCGUUUGCAAUGGUUUCUGCUGAUUGUGCCACAUGCAAACAAAGGUGGUGAACGUUCCUAGCUGAAGGAACACAACCUGCUGCGGUAGAUCACAUACCUCUAAAAAAGAAUAAUUCUGUUCAGGUCGUUGUUAGUGCUUAAACGUUAUUCAGGAAAAAAUCCCAAGCAAACAUUAACAAAACACAGCUAUCCUCGGUUUGUUUCGAAAGUAAGCAUUGCUUUUCACAUUUGAAGUAAUUUAAAAUUAGUUUUACAAUUACAACUACCUACCAUAUUCGAUGAAAGCUAUCAACUAAAUAAAAGCAAAAUAUUCAUUUACCACAUCGUAACAUACUAAAUAUUUAGUUUUAAGUUCUAACGCAUCAGUGAUUAGUAUAUUUUACAAUUAUUCACAACACUACAAUUUUGUGGCGCUUGCCUCAUUGAUACGUGCACCUGAUAGUAAAAAAUACUACUCCGAUGUCUAGAAUCGAUGUUCUUACUACACGUAUCGGGCCGAAGAUGGCCAACUUUUGAAAAAAAAUAUGUAUCAAAUGAUUCUCCAUUCGCCACGCCCGGCAUUAAUAAUAUGUGCUGUGCAUCAAUAAAUAGUUCAGGAGUACGAACUUUAAGUUUGUUCUUGUUUUUUAUAGUUCCAAUGCAACAAAGCGUUUAAAUUUAUGUUCCCAUGUAUCCUAAACUUAGAAUUCAAUCCUUAUAUCUAUAUAUGAGAAUAUUUGCGUAAAAGUAUAACUUUUAUAACUGUAGACUAAUUUAUAGGCAAUGUUAGGGUGAAAGCUUUGGCGAAAAAGGUCAUGAAGGAAAUAGAAAAUCUCCCUGAUUUAAGAUUGAGAUGUCAUAUUCGAACGAUAAUAUUGUACCGCCAAAAAUAUUCGGCCUGGCCACGGUAAUCUACCGUGUCACUAUAACCUACGCAGCCAUGUGCAGACAGAGCAUACCAAAAGGCAAAAAUUACCGAGGGUAGUGUUGUAACAUUGCUAGGUGCGCGUUUAAUUGAAUUAUUUUUCAAUAAAAAGUAAUUGAAAACA